UACAACAAAAUUUAUAAAAUAUUAAGCAAACAAUUCUUGAUAAGCUACUCUUAUAGAACGUAAAUAUAAUAUUCAAAACAGCGCAGUUAACAAAUACCACAAAAUUAUCUAUUAGAAUUACCACACAAAUUGACACCAUGUCAUCAUCAUAUAUAGUGACCCCUGAUGUACAAAUCAGUGCAAAAUUAAACCAAGCCGAUGAACUUCUCCGUUCGGUUGCCCAGUGCAAUAUGCCAUUGGGCGAUGAUGCAGAUAUGCAAGUACUUUACGAUGUGAUUGAUGCAACCAUCUGUACAGCAAUUAAGAUCAUUGAGUCAGAUCCGCGUGGGCUCUUUUGCUACAAGUAUCCAAUAACACUUUUAAAUUUUAUGAACGACGUCCUUGGAGUAAAUUCACCCUCGUUUAAUUUAAGUGAUGGCUCGAGUGAUUUCGUUCAGCAAUGGCUAAAGAUUAGUGAAUUCGAGUAUAGUAAUGUGUUGGCUGUGAUCCGAGACUUUAUCGGUAAAUGGAUCUUAUCGCCACAUACGAAAUGUGUGGUCCUUACAAAUAAUCGGCACCACGAGGUGGCUCUAAAAGGCACUAUUUACUUUGUCGACGCUCACUUCUCGCGACCCACUCAACGUUGUCCCAAUCCUUUGGCCGUUGCCAAGGUUCGGUUCAUCAUCACCGUAUCGAGUAUCAUGCAAAGUUAUUAUCCAGUAAUGAUUACAUAUCGCUUCGAAGGAUUUCGCACACUAUAUUAUGCUUUGGGUGAACGGGCGAUACCAACAAAUACAUUUCAAAGAUUCUAUAUUGAUAGCAUCUUGCAUAGCAAACUAAGUUUCUAUGCGGAGAUCUGUGAGUGUCGUCAUGGCAGCGUCGAUAAGCCGAAGAAUAAUAUUCAACCCAAAAAAGAUUGUUGAAUUUACACGUAUAUGUAUUAAACGAGAAACAGAUUUCUC